AUGGGUUGUACAGCCACAAAAUAAGCCAAAUCUGAUAGCAAACCAAACUCUCCAUUAAAUGAUAGUUCAAAUAAGACUAAUGAGAGAGAUAAUUUAGUACCAGCAUUCAUAAUUUAAGAGACUGAAAAAAUAGAAUCUGAUUAUAUUUUUCAUGCUUUAGACCCUUUAAUUAGUAAAAAUGAUUAAAUAACUAUGAUAGCCUAGAGAAAUUAUAUAAAAAAAAUUGUGUCUAAAAGCAACAAUUCAUCUAGAAUAGUAAAAGUUUUUAGUUUUAAAAUUCUUACUACUUCUGAAAGGUAGGAAUUGAUAAGAAUUAUCAACCAAAUGAUAUAAAUUGUAAGAUCUAUUAUGUUAUAGAAAGAAACAUUUAAAUUUAGUUAACACUUUACCAUAUUAUUAUAAUGACGAUCACUUAUAUUUAGUAUAGGAAUUUUGUGAUUGUGGAAAUUUGCUGUCUUAAUUAGAUAAGUUUGGUUAGUUAUAGUAUCACACAAUGAUAGAUGUAUUCCUUUAGAUUAUGGCAGGAUUGUAAUAUUUACAUAAUUAAGGAAUAGUCCAUGGGUAUGAUUUGAAAUUAAAAAAUUAGGAAUAUUUAGUUAGACAGUAUAGUAUUCACAAAUAAAUCAUUGGAGAACAUUAAACUAAUUGAUUUUGGCAUUCCAAAUACAAUAAAAUCUAUAUGUAUGUCAUGGAAACCAAGUAAUAGCAUUUAGGAUAUAUCUGUUAAACCACCAGAAUUUUUUAAAUAAACAAUAAAUAGUUAUUAUUAAACUUAGAAAGCAGAUAUUUGGUCAUGUGGAUGUUUGCUUUACUUUUUUCUUACAUCUCAUAUGCCAUUUUAAGGUCGUGAUAGUUAGGCAAUCAAAACAGCCAUUUAAAGAGGUGUAGUAAAUUUUGAAGGAUAAGAAUGGGCUAGUAUAAACACUGAUAUGAAAUAAUUAGUUUCUAAAAUGCUCAGUUCAAAUCCUUAAUUAAGACCUACAGCUACUGAAGUUAUAAAUAAUCCAGUAUUUUUAAAUAGAAAUCGAAUAGUAACAAAACCUAAUAAAUAAUUAUCAAAACAUAUGAAAGAUUUUAAAGUAUAUAAAUAAAUUUAGUUAAUUUAGUAAUAAUCUUAAAUGUAAAAUGCAAUGUUAAAUUAUAUUGCUGAAAAUAUGAUGUCGGAUUAAGAUAAGAAAAAAUUAAUGGAUGAAUUUUAAAAAUUUGAUUUAAAUAAAGAUGGAUUGUUAACUAAAGAGGAAUUACUCAAAGUAUAUAAAACAAUGUUUUCAUCUGAAAAAGCAAUUUAAGAAGUAGAUACUAUUUUUAAAAAGAUUGAUUAGAAUUGUAGUGGUAGAAUUGAUUAUUAGGGUAAAUAUUAUAAAUUAACAAAAAUAGAAUUUAUCUUAGCUACUAUAGAUUAAAAGAAAUAUUUUAAUAAAGAAAAAUUGCUUAUGCUUUUUUAACAAAUUGAUAGAGAUCACAGUGGAUAAUUAAAUAAUUAAGAAGUAAAGAAACUGUUAAGAGAUAUGUAAAUACCAAAAGACAAAUUAGAUAAUUUAUCAAAAUAAUUAGAUUAAAAUGGAGAUGGUUAAAUUACUUAAGAAGAAUUUUUAGAAAUAAUGUUGCAAUUAUCAUGA